ACUCGUUUAAUCCCAUACCCCCCUUGCGCCCCUACAUAUCGUAACAACACACAAUGGCCUCUGGUGUCGCCGUGAAUCCCGAAUGCCUGAGCGCGUUCCAGGAGCUCAAAUUGGGCAAGAAGACGAAGUACAUCGUUUACACCGUUAGCAAAGACAACACCGAGAUCAUUGUCGAGAAGUCGUCGACGUCGUCCUCGUACGACGAGUUCAUAUCUGACUUGCCCGAAUUUGAGUGUCGGUGGGCCGUGUACGAUUUCGAGUUCGAGAAGGAGGGCGCUGGAAAGAGGAACAAGAUCUGCUUCUACUCGUGGUCCCCCGAUGACGCCAAAGUCAAGCAGAAGAUGUUGUUCGCAUCCUCGAAGGACGCGCUCAGGCGCGCGCUCGUCGGCAUCGCGGCUGAAAUCCAGGGCACCGACUUCAGCGAGGUCGCGCACGAAAGUGUUCUAGACAAGGUCUCCCGUGGGGCCUGAUCCCACCCGAUAUCACUUUGAUCCGCCCUCACGUCCCCAUACUUUCUAGCGUUUUGCUUGCCCUAGCACGGGACUUUUUACUUGUUACUCGUUAUAGCCGUUCGUCGAAGAGAAAAGAAGCUGGAGAAGAAUUGUAGAAUCCAUCGUCGUUGGAAUGUUGAACCUAUUGUUGCACC